AUGGUCCAGUCGACCCUUGUGUUUUGGGGCUUGCCAAGCUCCACCCCGACUCAGAUUCUUACGAACCGAUCUGCCAUUGCCAAGCUGAACAACAAAAGCAAAUCAGAUUAUGUCCGGACACCCAUCCCCGUAAGUGGGCUCAGAAAGAUAUGGAGAAAGCUUAUCCAAAACGAUGAAUCAGCGCUUCUGAUGAUCAAUCCAUUUGGCGGAAGGAUGGCUGAUUUCUCAGAGACUGCAAUUCCAUAUCCUCAUAGAGCGGGCAUGUUGUUACAAAUUCUCAAGACUGUCGAUUUUAACGGUCAACCUUCAGACACAACCCCUACAUCCCUCAGGAGGAUAGCUUGGCUGCGAAGCUUGGAUGCGUUAAUGACGCCUUAUGUGUCAAACAACCCCAGAGAGGCAUAUUCCAACUACAAUGAUCUGGAUUUGGGUGUUGGAAGUGCUAACUACGAAGAAGCAAGUGUUUGGGGUGAGAGAUACUGGAAGAGGGACAACUUCAAGAAGUUGAUUCGAAUGAAGGCCAAAGUCGAUCCUCACAAUUUCUUUAGGCGCCCACAGAGUAUCCCUGUUUUCUAA